GGAGGAGGAGGAGGAGAAGGAGGAAGCGACGGCUGUCAUUUUUUUCAUUUGUACGAACGAGCACGUUUCUGAGGAGCAAACCCAGGCGGGUGUAACUGUCCUCCAGGCUCCAUCAGCAGACGUUUUAUGGGCAGUUUAUGAUGAUUUUUUUAUGUAUGAAUUAUUAUUUUUGAGGUUGAACUUCGGCGGUAGCCUACGUACGGCAGAGGAAAUCUGACGGACCUGACUUGGUCUCAUUUCGGUGCCUCUUUAAACUCACACGUCCUUCCUCGUCUCUAAUCUGAUGAAAAACUUCCAUUUAUUUUAACGACAGGACGAGCUUCUGUUGGCUUUUUUUUUUUUUUUUUUUUUUUUUAAUAAAUCUGGAUAUCGAAGGAAAAGGGGGAUGUCAGUGAGUCAACAGCUGGAGUGGGAAACAUACGACGGACCUCUCACUCCUGUCUUCAUCGCUGGGCUUUUUUCAUGCGUUUAUUCAUUGAGCAGGAAACUGAAGAAAACAGAAUAAAUGCAGUUUUCUGGCUCUGAGCUGUCGACUGAAGACACCCUGCACCGCUUUGAGAAAUCAGCAGUGAGUUUCUAGGGGCGAGCCGCCUCUGUGAUGAUGUUCUAACAGAAACCCCUUUAAUAUAUGUUUGAUUUUUUUUUACACUUGACUUGAGCGGUGCGGUUCCAUCAGUCAAACCAAAAUAAGCGGAUCCGUCGGUUUGUUGUUGUGUUAAAGAUGGAGUCCCCCCCUUGCGGACCUUGACUGUUAAUGGUUGAGAGAUUAAUAAGGAAGCUGGAAAAAACAGCAGCAGAAGUUGAGAGAAGAGAAGGAAGGGAAGGAGAAGUGGGGAAGACGCAGCACACAGAGGAGGAGCGGAACGGAAAUAUCAGCCGUUUGUGGCGGAAUAACGCAGCUCACCCUCCCUCACCCCGGGACAAAUAAACCGCACAAAAACGGAACCGGGGAACAGGAGACGCACAAUGUGGCCCCGCUGUUUGGCUCUUCACUGACUGACUGAAGGAAAGUGAAGGCAGGUUUCUGGAAGCCGGACACAACCGGUGGUCGUUAAACGUCCGGUGUGCGCGCGCGCGUGUCAGUGUGUACAUGACGGUGGUUUGUCGGUGAAAACCGGUUUUUGAUGCGCGAGAAAGUGACGUGCCGCCCUCCCACCUUCCCGCCCUUUGCCACGAGCCUCUUGUCAACUCAGCGGACAAGGCAACCAAGUAUUCCAUUUAUCUCCCAGUUCUUCUAAACCCUCAUUUACAACAUUUAUUCUCUCUCUCACUCUCUCUUUCUUGUUUUUUUUUUUUUUUUUAAUUUUUUUUUUUUUUUUUUUUUUUUGAGUGCCUGUUGUUGAACCCUCUGCCUGACUCUCUCUCUCCAAGUCUCGCGGGAUACAAAGGAAAUUAAAGGGUGAAUCUUAAAGAGAGGAGGAAAAGAGAUUAAGACAAACAGGAGCCGCCUAUAUGAAGAUGCUGAUGUGUGACCGCGGCGUCCAGAUGCUCGUGACGACGGUGGGCGCGUUCGCCGCCUUCAGCCUCAUGACCAUCGCCGUCGGUACCGACUACUGGCUGUACUCGCGCGGGGUCUGCCGCGUGAAGAGCAGCGGCGACAACGACACGAGCCGCAAGAACGAGGAGGUGAUGACGCACUCCGGCCUCUGGCGGACCUGCUGUCUGGAAGGAACGUUCAGAGGUGUUUGCAAGAAGAUUGACCACUUUCCAGAGGAUGCUGACUAUGAAGCAGAUGCUGCUGAAUACCUCCUACGUGCUGUGCGUGCCUCCAGUAUCUUUCCAAUCAUGAGUGUGGGUCUGCUGUUCCUGGGGGGGCUCUGUGUGGCCGCUAGUGAGUUUUACCGAAGCCGACACAACGUCAUCCUCAGCGCAGGAAUCUUCUUUGUCUCUGCAGGCCUGAGUAACAUCAUUGGAAUUAUUGUCUACAUCUCAGCCAACUCAGGCGACCCAGGCCAAAGUGACAGCAAGAAGUCGUACUCCUAUGGCUGGUCUUUCUACUUCGGUGCCCUCUCUUUCAUCAUGGCAGAAAUGGUGGGUGUUCUGGCUGUGCACAUGUUCAUCGAGAAGCACCGUAAGCUACGGGCCAAGUCCCGCACCGAGCUCAUCAAAAAAUCCGCCUUCAGCCGCAUCCCGUCCUAUCGUUACCGUUUCCGGCGCCGCUCCAGCGUGCGCUCGUCUGAGGCGCCCAGCCGUGACGCCUCACCACUGGGGAAAGGCGGCUACACAGGGCCUGCCGCCUCCGAGAUGCCCAUGUACACGCUGAACCCACGCGAGGCGGGGAACGCCGGCACUAAAUCAGGUGGCGGCGGAAUGGGCGGGCUGCUCAACUCAGAGAGGGAGUUUCUCCAAAGCAGCACGCUCACUAAGGACUACAGCAAAGACCCCAACCGCAGGACCACGCCUGUCUGAGAGGUGCUGGCUGCAGAUAUCACCCAAUCAAAGUAUCAGAGAGGAUGAUGAGAAGUAGAGGGGAGUGCAAGCAAAAGCAGAAGCAAAAGCAGGGGACACACAGGGUUAAGGGGUGGGGCGGGCGCAGAGGGGUUUGAUAAACUUUGACUGUGAACUGUGAACUUGUAGCCUUUGAACUGUGAAUCCUGAGCCCUGUGAGAGUUUUUAGCGAGUGUAGCAGGGUCGGUUUGGAUGGAGAAGUUGUUCCCAGCUCCACUUCACCACAUAUCACCAUAGUCAUACCUGUAACUCCUUACAUAUGAAGGUACAUUCAGUUAAAGGGUCUGAGCUUCAAAUGGGGGAAUGGGAUUGACAUUUAGAAAAAAAUAAAAUAAAAAAAACAGCAUAAAUGGUUUGCUGUAUGGGACAACUUCUCCUGAAAACUAAAAAAUUAAUGUGAACUAAAGGAGAAAGGGAAAGAGGUGAGAGACUGUGUGAUCUUUGACCUUUGACCUCUGUCCUCCAGACCUCUUGGAAAGCAGCGGAGUUGUACAGAGCAGCAGGGAUAAGCUGUUUCUCUGAUUAUGAUGCUAUUUAAGGUGAGAAAGGUAACACCUCAGGAUAUGGACUGAUUCAUUCUCAGUUCAGCCAAAUCAAAAAUGGAAACUGAAGGUGGAGUUUAUCCAUUUGUGGCACUAUUUAUUAUGUUCUCUAUAUAUUGUAUAUAUACUCCGUUCAGAAUGAUUUUAUUUACUCAUGGGGAAGCUCACUUCAUAACCAGCUGAACUGAAAGUGAAUUGAGCUCAAUCCUGGUUACAUUUACCCCCCCUUUUCUCUGAUCCCAGGUCAGUUGUGUUGUUUUUGAUGGGACUUGAGGGCAAAGGGGUGCACUGACUGCAGAUCAGCUAUUGGGGGGGGGGGGGGAGAUAAGACUCAACAAAGAAGAAACAAGAGAAUGAAUCUUUUUUUAGAUGGUAAUGUUAGAUCAUUGGUGCUUCCUUUCACUCCUGUUUUCAGCCACAUGAGUCUUCUCUUGAUUUAUUUUUUCACCUAAAUGUUAAAGGGGAUGAUCAAAUAUUUGUCUGUCUUUUCCUUCACUUGUCAUCUUUCACCAUUGACAUUCCUCUGUGUAGCCCCAUGACUCACUUCACCGUCACCCUCUGCACACCUCCACUCCUCUUCUCACCUCGUCUUUCCUCCUCGACUAGAUUUCGGUCUUGUCUUCCAUUUGUGAGCUUUCCUGGAGGUUGUCAGUUAAGGGUACGAGUGGAGAGGAGACCGCUGAGCUGUGAAUAUGCUUUAAAGGCAGAGCCAAAAAAGUUUUUCAAACUAAAAACAAAGAUGGGAUCUAUGUUUGCCCACUACCUCUUGGUGAUUACCUUUCAAUUGAAGGUCUAUUUAAUCAUUAUCUAAAUUUCAGCAGCAGAAGUAAGUACUGAGUGAAAGAUCACUUGACUCUAAACUAACUUUCCCAGAGGAGGAUCUGUGCAUUAUUCGUACAAACAUAACCAUAUACAGAACAGGAGGCAUUCAUUCACCGGUCUCCAGGCCCAGAAAGUGAUGGUCCUGUCAUUUCUCAAAACAGUUUUUACUCCAUCGGAUUCUAGAGACGCAUCAAUACACAUUCAUUUAUCUCCUAUCCUCUCUCAGACAUACACAUGAUAAUUUUGCAUGGAUGGGACAUUGCUGCAGAAAGGUAAAUGUGAAGCUACUGUAAAAAAAAACAAACAAAAAAAACAAUUUUAUACUUAACUGCAUACAUUUGAGCUUACAUUUGGUUUAGAUACUGAAAGACUCCCUGUGCUGGCAGGUCUUUAGCCAACUCUUGUCUGAGCGUUAAAUUGGACUAGAUCAGAUUUUGCCACACAGGAGCAGGAAGAAGUUUUAGUAAAUGAGGGAAUGUGGGUUUUUCUGGAAAAGAAGGCUUAUAAGGAUCAAUGAUGCCUAGAUUUUCUGCCCGACUGUGUUUUUUAGUAAAACAAAAAAUAAAAUAAGGUAACAUAUAUCCACAUAUAUGUGUGCACUUCAAAUUUUCCACAAACCAUUAUGUUUUGGUAUUUUCUUCUCUUUAAAAUUGAUUUAAAGUGUGAACAUAUCAUGUGGUGCGACCAUCUGGUUUUGAAAACUUGUGCUUGAAUCAUUUUUACCACAUUUAUGUGAAAAAUAAGUGUGUUGACUACAUCUAAGAAGGUGGCAUCAAAUACAUGAGCUCAUAUUAUCAUUAAUGUAACCGUUAAGAUAACAGUCGCACCUUAUGAGCUUUUUAAGGCCAUAGUUAAUUCAUCUAGAUGAUAAAUCACUAAAAUCACUCAGUUGAGAAGAGUGGAUUUAUGUGUAGGCAGCGUUCUUAGUGUUUGAACAGAUGCUAUAGAUAUUCUUAUUUUUGUAUCCUCAAAUUGGUCUGUUAAAAAUUGAAAUCACGAAGAAAGAUGAGAGAUGGAGGUGGAAUCACAUCAUGCAAAAAAAAAUCAAAACUGAUGGAGUUUAGUUGGUGCAUCAAAGGGUUUGGACGAUGAGUCGAGUCUGUGAGAUGAUAACAAUGUGAUUUAGUUGAAUAGACGUGUAAAAAUGUAUUUGUGCUCUUUUUCACUUUGCACUCACCUCCUGUCCACUGGUAUUUACCAAAACCUGUGUUUCAGCAACCAAAAUUUAAAAACAAAUGUACAUUAUCUCCUCUGGCUUCAUUUUGUUUGCAGUAUUAAUGAAAUGACACUUGUUUGGAAUUAUAACUUAUGUUUCUGUUUUUCUUGGUUUCUUAUGUUAUAAUCUUAAUAUAUAUUAAGCCAUAUUUUGCACACAGCCAGUUCUCCUCUGGGUCUCUUAAUAAUUGAGUGAUUCAUCGCUACCUCUUUUCCAGUGUAAAUGUUGGCCUAGAGACUAAAUUCAGGAGGUUUAAUUAUGAUACUGAUGAGUGCUCUGGAUAAAACCUGAUCGCAUUAAAAAAAGACACACAAAUGCAUGCACAACAGUAGAGGAUGUGACAGUGAAAAGGACUCAACCACUAUAAAACAAAGAGAGAACGAAGAAUUUGGGGAAAAAUUGUAAAGGUAGAGCAUGAGUAGCUGAUGGAAAUGUUCACAGCAUUUCUCAAACUUUCUGAGACUGUAACAAGUACGGAACUGAGGGUUUAAAAAAACAAACAAAAAAAAAAAAACAAUUAUUCGACAUAUUUGUUUCCUUCCUUGCUUCCCUAAGCCACCAUUGCACUGUUUUGUAUAAAAUUAACAUGAAACAACAGCUGACAUAGAAUACCCACUACUUAUUACCCUGAUAAUAAAAGAUGUUUUAAACCUCA